AUUGCGUCACUUCCGUUUACUGUCGGCCGCCGCCGCGGUGUUCUCAGACUAAGGCGGCGAAAGGGCUGAAAGGGCUGGGGGACGAGAGGCGGGGUGGACGAAGAGGGUGGGCGGAAGGGGGAGGAAAUCCCAUCACGGAGACGCCAGCCUGUACGUUCCCGCCUCCUCUGACACUGUCGAGUCGGAUCGGAGAAGGGUCACUGCCUUCUCCAGCGAGCAGGGGGGCGGAGCCCGGCUCAGGAUCAUGGAUUUUCCUGGACACUUUGAACAGAUCUUCCAGCAACUGAACUACCAAAGACUUCAUGGCCAGCUCUGUGAUUGUGUCAUUGUAGUGGGGAACAGACAUUUUAAAGCCCACCGCUCCGUACUGGCAGCCUGCAGCACGCAUUUUCGAGCCUUGUUCUCAGUGGCAGAGGGAGAUCAGACUAUGAACAUGAUCCAGCUAGAUAGUGAGGUAGUGACAGCAGAGGCCUUUGCCGCACUGAUUGACAUGAUGUAUACCUCCACCCUCAUGCUGGGGGAGAGCAAUGUUAUGGAUGUUUUAUUGGCAGCCUCUCACCUGCAUUUGAACUCUGUUGUUAAGGCAUGUAAACAUUACUUAACGACGAGGACGCUGCCCAUGUCUCCCCCCAGUGAGCGUGUACAGGAACAGAGCGCCCGCAUGCAGCGCUUCUUUAUGCUGCAGCAGCUGGGACUAAGCAUCGUGAGCUCAGCCCUCAAUUCCAACCAGAGUGGCGAGGAGCAACCGGCCCCCAUGAGCUCAUCCAUGCGUAGUAACCUGGACCAGCGGACGCCUUUCCCCAUGAGACGCCUUCAUAAGCGCAAGCAGUCUGCAGAGGAAAGGGCCAGACAGCGCCUUCGACCUGCCAUGGAUGAGUCUGCCAUUUCCAAUGUUACACCGGAGAACGGGCCUUCAGGGGUUCAUUCUCGAGAGGAAUUCUUCUCACCAGAUUCUCUGAAAAUUGUGGAUAACCCUAAGGCCGAUGGAAUGACUGACAACCAAGAAGACAAUGCCAUCAUCUUUGACCAGUCUUUCGGUGCUCAAGAAGAUGCCCAGGUGCCCAGCCAGUCUGACAAUAGUACUGGCAACAUGGCACAGUUGUCCAUGGCUUCUCGUGCAACUCAGGUUGAGACUAGUUUUGAGCAGGAAGCUGCAACUGAAAAAAGUGGUUUUCAGUGUGAAAAUCCUGAGGUUGGCCUUGGUGAGAAGGAACACAUGAGAGUGGUGGUUAAAUCUGAGCCCUUGAGCUCUCCUGAGCCUCAGGAUGAAGUAAGCGAUGUGACCUCACAAGCAGAAGGCAGCGAAUCUGUUGAAGUGGAAGGAGUUACAGUCAGUGCUGAGAAAAUAGACCUCAGCCCUGAAAGCAGUGAUCGGAGUUUUUCAGAUCCCCAGUCUAGCACUGACAGGGUAGGUGACAUCCAUAUUUUGGAAGUCACAAAUAACUUAGAUCAUAAGUCCACUUUUAGCAUUUCAAAUUUUCUUAACAAGAGUAGAGGAAGUAACUUUAGUGCAAAUCAGACCAAUGAUGAUAAUAUUCCAAACACCACUAGUGACUGCAGGCUAGAGUGUGAGGCCCCUUAUUUGUUGAGUCCAGAGGCUGGGCCUGCGGGUGGGCCCUCCUCGGCAGCUGGCUCUCAUGUGGAAAACCCAUUCAAUGAGCCUGCAGACUCCCACUUUGCUAGGCCUAUGCAGGAAGCCAUGGGCCUGCCAUGUGUGCAGACUUCAGGCUAUCAAGGAGAACAGUUUGGGAUGGAUUUUUCCAGGUCUGGUUUGGGCCUCCACUCCUCCUUCUCCAGGGUAAUGAUGGGUUCCUCAAGAGGAAAGGCCAGUAACUUUCCAUACUACCGCCGUAUAGCUCCCAAAAUGCCAAUUGUAACUUCUGUCAGGAGUUCACAGAUCCCAGAAAACUCUGCCAGUUCCCAACUAAUGAUGAAUGGGGCCACAUCCUCAUUUGAAAAUGGGCAUCCUUCCCAGCCUGGUCCUCCACAGUUGACCAGGGCAUCUGCUGAUGUCUUGUCCAAAUGCAAGAAGGCCUUAUCAGAGCACAACGUCUUGGUUGUUGAGGGAGCUCGCAAGUAUGCCUGCAAAAUCUGCUGCAAGACUUUUCUGACCUUGACAGAUUGUAAGAAGCACAUCCGUGUUCAUACAGGUGAAAAACCCUACGCCUGCCUGAAGUGCGGCAAGAGGUUCAGUCAGUCCAGCCACCUGUACAAACAUUCUAAGACUACCUGCCUGCGCUGGCAGAGCAGCAGUCUUCCCAGCACUUUGCUCUAACCCUGACCUCUUGAGAUAAUGCUGAUGCCAGUUGUAAGACAGAAACUAAAAUCUCUUGGCUGAAGGCUAAUGUCCUUGGGUUUGAGGCUUCAGGCAGCCUGAUGGCUCUUGCAAAUUUUUGAUGACUCAGUGGAGAACUAGUAUGUGUAGCACUAGUCCUGCUGCAUAUCUGAGUGAAAUGCACGCUUGCAGAGAGGGAUGCGGUCCCCUAACCAUGUUCUUCCUUAGGGCUGAGUAAUGCAGUCAGAAAGUAGUUUAUAAUUGAUGUUAAAAGUGGC